UUCCGGAUUGGAAGAGUGGUGGUGACGCUUUCGGACGGCAGGAGUAAAAUGGAAGGCGACUUGAGCAGAUUGGACAUUCACACUCCAGUUUUCGACAAGAGAAAGAAAAAGUAUACAGUAGAUAAGGAAAGACACCAGGCGCGUGCCCACGAAAGUUUCAGAGACUGCCCCCUGGCAGGUGAGCAGUCUCACGAAACCAAGAGGGAAAAACCGAGAACGGACCGCCAGCAUCUCGCCCCUUCUCCUUUGAGACCAUCAGAGCUCUGUGAUGAGACGGAAACGGCCCCUUCCGCAGCCAAAAAGAGGAAAAAGAGAAGAAGGGCUGCUCCGGGGGUAGAGGAUGAGACAGGCGUGUACGUCCUGGUGGAUAAAGAGAACAUCGAGAACAUGCCGAAGAACUUCAGAAGGGAUAUUGACGUCGUUUUCGUGGACGUGGGCAAGGAGCCCGAGGCAGCUGGGGAGCCCGAGGCCGGGGAGCCGCGCACGGUCACUGAGCGCCGGGAGAACGAGCUGGAGGGCCCGAGUGACAGGGUGAGGGAGAGGAGGAAGAAGAAGCGGCGGCGGGAAGCUGUGGCCUGUGCUGCUGUGCGAGGAGGCCCGGACCCCAGCGCCCUGCCCCAGCCCGAGGCCCUGCCCUCUGGGCGCCUGGAAGGCCGGGUCACACGGCUGCUGGGCGCUGCUCCUAAAAAGAAGCCGAAGAAAAGAAAGAGAGACAGUUCACAUAGUCAGGAAUUGGAGCGUCCUGAGACCGUGAGCUCGGAGGGGUCGCCAGUUGUCCGUGGCACGGGAACCACAGAAGGCGAGCAGGAGUCCUGCCAGUUGAAGAAAAGGGCGAAGAAAAGGAGGCAGAGGUCGUCGGUCGCCAGUGCGACCUUUGAGGCCCCGCUCCUUGAUUCUCCGGAAGGGACCGGUCCCGUGAUGGAGGAAAGCGCGACGCCCCGGCCGCAGGAGGGAACCCAGGCGGGCCCGGAGCAGGUGCAGAGGUUCGGACCUACAGACGAAGAAAGCAAUUUGGAAUCGGCUAAAGAUUCUGAAGCAAGGUACUUAUCCGAAGACUCGAGAGACUCGGACGAUGCGGAUGUGGACUUGGCCUCUGCCGUGAAGCAGCUCCAAGAGUUCAUCCCUGGCAUCGAGGACAGGGCUGCCACCACGAUCAAGCGCAUGUACCGGGACGACUUGGGACGGUUCAAGGAGUUCAAAGCGCAGGGUGUCGCCAUUAAAUUUGGCAAGUUUUCUGCAAAGGAAAAUAAGCAGUUAGAGAAAAACGUGCAAGAAUUUCUGUCCCUGACAGGGAUCGAGAACGCAGACAAGCUGCUGUACACGGACAGAUACCCGGAGGAGAAGGCUGCGAUCACCGACCUAAAGAGAAAAUACGCCUUUAGGGUGCACAUUGGUAAGGGCAUUGCCCGGCCCUGGAAACUCGUGUACUACCGAGCCAAGAAGAUGUUUGAUGUCAAUAAUUACAAAGGCAGGUACAGCAAAGGGGAUACCGAGAAGUUAAAGAUAUACCAUUCCCUCCAUGGCAACGACUGGAAAAAGAUCGGGGAUUUGGUGGCUCGGAGCAGCCUCUCUGUUGCCCUAAAAUUCUCCCAGAUCAGCAGUGAAAGAAACCACGGUGCUUGGAGUAAGGCGGAAACCCAGAAGUUAAUCAAGGCUGUUGAAGAAGUGAUUCUGAAGAAAAUGUCUCCCCGGGAUUUAAAAGAGGUAGAUUCUAAACUCCAGGAAAACCCCGAAGGCUGCUUGUCCAUUGUUCGGGAAAAGCUCUACAGGGGCAUAUCGUGGGUAGAAGUCGAAGCUAAAGUAGAGACCAGGAAUUGGAUGCAGUGUAAAAGUAAGUGGUCGGAAAUUCUCACCAAGAGAAUGACGAAUGGUCGGGACGUGUACCGAGGAGUGAAUGCCCUGCAGGCCAAGAUCAACCUGAUCGAAAGGCUGUACGAGAUCAAUGUGGAAGAUGCUAAUGAAAUAGACUGGGAAGAUCUUGCUAGUACCAUAGGUGAUGUUCCUCCGUCUUAUGUGCAAACUAAAUUUUAUAAGCUCAAAGCUACCUGUGUCCCCUUUUGGCAGAAGAAGACGUUUCCAGAGAUUAUGGACUACCUCUACGAGACGAGUCUGCCUUUGCUCAAAGAAAAGCUGGAGAAGAAGAUGGAGAAGAGAGGCGCCAAGCUCCAGGCGCCCGCGGCACCCAGGCGCGUCUUCCUGUUCAGAGACAUCUUUUACUGUGACGACGACAGUGAGGAGGAGGACGGAGGUGGACAGAGCUAAAGGGAUGCCCAUUUCUUGUCCGCGUUCUGGGUUUGGCCGUAUCUAUAGACACGUGUCAGAAAGCUGCUUGCCGUGUUGCUGGUUAGUAAAGAAGAUGCACUGGCCGCAGGAAGGGUGUCAAAGUGGUGACUUUGUUGUGGUGCAUCGAGAACUGAUUGGCGUCGUCAGAUUUGAGUCAGCCAGACCGAGUUGGUUAGACUGAAAAGGAAGAGGCGCAUAUGAGUUGAUUUCACAUUUCUGUCCUAGCGAAAGCAAUCACAGCUGCUGUUCUCUGUAGAACCUGGUUACCCCAAGCCCCCCGUGCAGCAGUGGGUGGUCGCGCCCUGGACAUUUCAUUGCGUGGAUUGAACUGCCCGCGCACAGCAAGAUGGGAACGCCGACGACUGCAGGCCACUCGCUUCCGCCGCCGUGUAUCUGUGUGCGGUGGUCUGAGUGUUGGGUAAGUGUUAGGGGCUGGCUGCGUGUGAUGCGCCUCAGACUGGUUUCGGUUCCCCUGUAUGUGUCACUGUGUGCGGCUCAUUUCCUGCGUGGUAUUCUAGUGUUUAAAGACAUGCCUUUUUUCGUACAAGAUGCCCUCGGAGCCAGUCCCUGAGCCAGCCUGGUGUGAAGCUGCAGGGAGAACCUUGCACCGUCCCCGUUGCUUGCAGGGCGCUGGCCGUUAGGGAGGGAUGCCCGAUGCCCGGCACAGCCUGCCUGCGGGACCCGGGGCUCUCCCCGCGGGCAGGGAAGCAGGAGCACGCAGACGGUCAGCGGAGGGCUUCCUCCAGGGGCUUAGGCUGCACACUCGUUCAGCGGGAUAGAGGGGCGAACAGGGAGGUCGAAUUAACCAGUGAUGCGGACCCGAGGGGAAGCCCUGUGGCCUAACGUGCCCCCGUCCUUCUCUGCAAACCCUGGGUGGCCUGGAGCCUGUACAGCUGUCCCUUCUCUGCCACACUGCCUCAGUGGGGACAUGUGUCUCCCUGGAACACAGGUCCUGCCUCCCUCCUGCUGGGUGGUCUCAAGUGUCUCCAUGGGCAGCCCCUGAGCGGGACCUGUGGCCAGGGAAGUCAGGUUUCCAGGCUCCUGGCCACAUCUGUACAGGCAGAACACAGGAAGAAAAGUGAACAGUGUCCCAUUACAGGGCUGGCGCCAUCCGUGCCAAGGUGCGACCCCACUGCCUGAGUGUUCUCUCGGAUGUCACUCGCGUUACAGCACAAUGUGAUGUUGGUCAGUUCACCUGCAAAGCUAGACGUUUCCCCAAACCUGCCGCAAGCCAUUGUAGGAGUCCUGGGUCACCAGUGUGUCCGCAGCACCCAGCAUUGUCAAAUAAUACCCGCUCAGUGAGCACUCGGUAAACAAACAAGGAUUUUCUUUUUAGAAAGCAUUUGCCUUUGGUCACGUCCUCUCUGUCUCUGUGCUGACGGGAACAGUGUUUGUUCCCCUUGCAGGACAGUCUGGUGAGACACAGCUGACCAUAAGGAGGUGCGUGUUCUGUGACCCACACCCCCGUCUAGGACCUAAAGGGAUAAUGGGCUAGUGUAUAACAACAGCACCUUUAUCAUGUGAGAGAUUAAAAAAAUGAAAAUGUUCUAAUGGAAUGUGAUGCUCUGAUGUUAAAUGCUGACACGUUUGCUUGACAUAAAAAGAGAUGAACAACAUUAUCAACUAAAUAUUUCAGAAGAGUUUAUAUAUUUUCUCAAUUUUAUAAAAUUAA